AUGCCUGAAAAUAAGGCUAUGUCGUGGACAUGUCCUGCACAUCGUGAUAAGAGAGAGAAUAGUUCUUCUUUCGAAUAUCAAAUAAAAGGCCAGUGGACAGGCGAAGAAGACAGGAGACUGAUUAGCUUAGUACAUCAAUUUGGAUUAAGGAAAUGGGCUGUAAUAGCUGAAGAAAUGGACAUUUGGACUGAAGAUGAAGAGAGACUGUUAAUUCAAGCACAUGAAAGACUUGGAAAUCGAUGGACGGAGAUAGCUAAGUACAUUCCUAGAAGAACUGAAAAUUCAAUAAAGAAUCACUGGAAUGCCACAAAAAGGAGGCAGAUUUCAAGGAGAAAGAUAAAGAAAGUAAAAGGGGAUAGAAGACAGUCAACACUAUUACAAGAUUACAUCAUAAAAAAGUAUUUCAGUAAUGGUUCCACCUCCACUUACUCAAAUUUCGACACCACCACCACUGUAGAAAAAUCCGUCCAACGCCGGCAUACCACUCUCUGA